AUGGUAGACGCGUUUCCACUGAAGCUGAAUUGCAAGCCGGAGCGCUACCCGUUGAGCGCAUGUCACAGAUUCGAUCUUAGUGGCAAAAACCUCGAAGCCGCAAUCAAAAGGGAGCGGAAUUAUGAAUUACGACUGGCACUGCAAAGUGUACUGAAAUAUUUCAAGCGGCGAGAAAAAGUAAGCAAUGUGGAGGAGUCGGACACAGAAGAGGACUAUGGUGAUUCGAAGGUUGAAGUUGCAAGUGAUACCGACAGACAGAUGGCGAAGACCAGAGGCUUGGGUGGACUGGAAGAGGAAUUAGAAUCGGGUGAUGAGGACGAUGAUGUUGACCUGCUUACUACAUUGAAAAAAGGCGAAGGAAAACGUCGAGGGAAACGGCGUUUGGAGAAAUCGUCAUCGCCUGAAUUCAAAAAGAAGCAAAAAUUUUCGGAGGUUGUGAAAGAUUUGGAAACCGAGAUAAAUGAAAAAUUGGACAGUCUUGGCAAGGGCGAUCUGGCAUGGAUUAAUCGAGCUCGCAGCGGUCGCAUUGUCAAAUGGCCUGUUGUUGUGCUGCAAGUGGAUAGCGACACUAAAACGUGUGUCUGCACCGAACUGCCACUCGACGACAUGUCCUCGAGCAUGGAGUGGUGCUUGAAUUCCGAGAAAACUCGAGCGGUGCAGUUGAAGAAUAUUUAUUUGUAUGACACAGUGGAGAUCCGAAUCGAGGUGAGUUUUAGUGUAACCGUGGUGAGAAGUAUUUUUCAUACGUAUAACUUUCGAUUUUACCUCAUAUCAGAUUACAUAUGUCUCAAUUUCGUUUCGAUUUAGCC